GAUUUAUUUUAGGUUUCACACGGAAACUUGCAUGAUAUUGCAAUAAAAAAAAGCAUAUGUGGCUCUUGGAAAGUUCAGAGAGUCAAACCAAAAGCAAUGUAAAAAGCAUCAAUAUGGGACUUUAAAGUUCAAAGAGUUGCUGGACACACCGAAAGCAAGUCACCUUUAAAGUAUCCUCUUGCUUGCAUUCACCCUCUUCCUAAUUUGUCUUUCACUUUCCUGAGUUAUAUUGCAACCCCUUCAUAGUUUUCUUUCUCCUCCUUUCAGAUCUUUACAGCUGUUUGCUCAUAAAUCUUGAUGGCUCUUGUGACCUGCAAAGAAGCCUCAUCUUCUUCUUUCACCCACCAACCCAAGAAAUUUGAUGUCUUCUUGAGUUUCAGAGGUGAAGAUACCCGUCUUGGUUUUGUAGGUCAUUUGUAUAAUGUUUUGUGUCAACGGGGUAUCAACACCUUUAUUGAUAAUAACCUUCAAAGGGGAGAAGAAAUUUCUGUAGGACUUCUCAAAAUCAUUGAAAGUUCAAGGAUUUCAAUAAUUGUAUUCUCUGAAAACUAUGCAUCCUCCAAAUGGUGCUUGGAUGAACUUGCCAAGAUUGUUGAGUGUAAGGAAAAAGACCAAUUAGUGCUACCGAUUUUUUACAACAUAGAUCCAUCAGAAGUUCGUAACCAAGAAGGAAAGUUUGGAGAAGCACUAUCUAAACAUGAAGAAAAAUUGAAGGAUGACAAGGUGCAGAGUUGGAGGGAAGCUUUAUUUGAAGCUGCAAAUAUAUCUGGUUGGCAUUACCAGCGUAGUUGCAGUGAGUUUGAAUUUAUCCAAGGAAUUGUUGAAGAGAUCUCAAAUUUUAAAUUAAAUCGCACACCGUUAUUUGUCGCACGAUACCCAGUUGGAAUAAAUUAUCAUGUAAAGACCAUACUUUCAGAUAUUGAGUCAAAUGAUGGUCAUAUAAUGGGUAUCUAUGGCUCUGGUGGAAUAGGUAAGACAACAAUCGCAAAAGCUAUUUUUAAUAGAAUUUGUGAUCAUUUUGAUGGAUUUUGUUAUCUGGAAAAUUUAAGAGAAAGAUCGGGGACAGAUGCUGGUGUAAUCGAACUACAAGAGACACUUCUUCUUGAGAUCUUAAGGGAUAGAAAUUUAAAGGUGGGUAACAAAUCUAGAGGAAUCAAUAUGAUCAAGGAAAGACUUUCAUUUAUGAGGAUCCUUUUAGUUCUUGAUGAUGUUGAUGAAUGGAUCCAAAUAGAAAAUUUGCUUGGAAGAUGCAAUUGGUUUGCUUUUGGAAGCAAAAUCAUUAUAACAACAAGAGAUAAACACUUGUUAGCUACUCUUGGAAAAUGUUGUUCAACCUAUGAGGUUAAGGAAUUAGAUCAAGAUGAAGCUCUGGAACUCCUUAGUAUGCAUGCCUUCCAAAGCAAAAAACCUAAAGAAGAUUAUUUGGAACUUGCAAAUAGAGUUAUACAAUAUGCCAGGGGACUCCCAUUAGCUCUAGUAAUAAUGGGUGCUGAUUUAAAUGGAAGAACUAAACCUCAGUGGAGAAAUGCAGUAGAUAAGUAUGAAAGGAUUCCUAAUAAAGAAAUUCAAAAAAUACUCGAAAUAAGUUAUGAAGGAUUGGAUGAAAUUGACAAAGAUAUUUUCCUUGAUAUUGCAUGCUUCUUUAAGGGAUUUUUUAAGGAGUAUGUCAUGGAUAUAUUGAAUGCUUGCGAUUUACAUCCAAUAUAUGGAAUUCAAAAACUUAUGGAUAAGAGUCUAAUAACUGUUGAUCAAUAUGAUAGAUUGUUGAUGCAUGACUUGCUACAACAAAUGGGUAGGGACAUUAUUCGACGGGAAUCACCACGAAUGCCUGGAGAGCGUAGUAGGCUAUGGUGUUAUGAGGAUGUUCAUAAAGUACUAACACAAAAUAUGGGAUCGGAAAAAAUUCGAAGCAUAAUGAUAUGCUCACCUGAACCAUUAAAGAUGAAAUUAGAACCUAAAUGUUUUGAGAAGAUGAAAAAUCUCAAGUUCCUCAUGGCUAGUAAUGUAGAUAUUUGUAGAGGUCUCAAAUAUCUUCCUAACGAAUUAAGGGUUCUUGAUUGGUCGGGAUUUCCUUUAUCUUCCUUACCAUCCAAUUUUGAUCCUCAAAAACUCAUUGCACUCAAUAUGCCAGAAAGUCAGGUUACAUUGGACAAGCUUUUCAAGAGGAUACAAUGCAAAAACUUGACAUAUAUGAAUUUCAAUUCCAAUCAAUACAUUAGGGAAUUAUCCGACUUAUUGAGUGCCACCCCAAAUGUAAAGAAAUUGGAUCUCCAAAAUUGUAGAAAAUUAGUCAAGAUUCAUGACUCUAUUGGAUGUCUUGAUAAGCUUGAAAGCUGGGAUCUCGGGGGUUGCAUUGAACUUCAAAUUCUUCCAAGUUGUAUCGUGAUGAAAUCUCUUAAAUAUUUACGUCUUUAUACUUGUAAAAGGGUUAAGAGGUUCCCCGAUAUUCCACAAGAAAUGGAAAAUUUAAAGUAUCUAAAUUUGGGACAAACUGCCAUUAGAGAGCUUCCUCCAUCAAUUGGAAAUCUCAUUGGACUUGAGCGACUAGAUAUAGGUUCCAGAUUCUAUUUGUGUCAGCUUCCAACUAGCAUUUAUAAAUUGCAACAUCUUCGCCAGCUCUUGCUUUAUGGUAAUGUCAAAUUUCCAAAGGACGCAUGCAAUUCUUACAGUGGCUUUUCAAAAUAUUGUUUUCCAAAGUUGAAUUUUCUAAAAAAGUUGACUUCUUGCUUCCCCGACUCAGAGAAAUGUUUAUUAUCAUGGAGUAAAGAUUUGAACCUCAGAGAAAGCAUUAUCAGAUUCAAUAGAUUAAAUUUUCUUCUAAUUAAGGAUUCCAAGUUCCUUAAGAAAAUUCCAAAGCUUCCAGAAAGUAUAAGACAAGUAAAUGCAACAAAUUGCAUCUCGUUGAAUUCAGAAUCAUUAAGAAAAUUAAUCCUUCAGUUUGGAAGAAUUUUAGGGCUUUCACCAAAUAUGAAAUGUUCAGGUGUGAAACACAAAGUAUUAAUGGAUUCGCAUUCACAUCGCAAAUUAUCGAAUCAGAUUUGUUGUUCUUCCCGGGUCUCCCUCUCCAAGUUCUACGCAAUUCAUGAUGAGUCCUUUCCCACUCUAGAUGCAUAUCUGGUUGAUUCUGGAGAGAGAUAUGUUAUUAAAGUACCAGGAAAGAAGAUUUCGAAUUGGAUCAAUCAUCAAAGCAUAGAAAGUUCCAUAUCAUUCUGGGUUGGUCCUGAGUUUCCCUCAAUUGCUGUUUGUGUUGCUUUUCAUCUAAUUCCGUUGAAGGACAGUUACGCUAAUAAUGAUAAGUGCGGUUCUAUUCGUGAUGAUAUAAUCUAUUGCAUUUGUGAUAUCCACAUUUUUACCAAUAGUCGUAAGCGACGUCGCAUUGUUAGGACGCAUUUAUAUGGAUUGAAGUGUGAUAAUCUGUGGUUUUACGGUGUACCUCACAGUCGAUUACAGAGGGAAUUUGGAGACUUGAUGCAAGGUGAUCGGAAUCAUGUUGAGAUUUCAUGUAAAAUCGCUCAUUGGGUAUGUAGAAAUGGAAACUACGCUCCUAUGAUUGCAAGGAUGGGUGUGCAUGUGGAAUGCGUAUGUCCUCCUCAGAAUUCAGUUAUCAUCCAACACAAUUCUCAAAAUGUUGAUGACGGCACAGAGCUACUCGCACCUUUACUAUCUCAAAAUGGUUCACAUACGGACUCAGAUGCAGGAGACCCUUCAAGCUCCUCUAGUCCCUGAUGACAUCUGAUUCAAGGCGUCUAGUGGAUAUACAAAUGGGCUUGACUUAUGUUUGGGUAUUGACUCAGCAGAUGGUAAUGAGUUUGAUUUGGGUUCUUCUUCAAUAGCCAAUCCCUUUAUAAAAAAUGACUCCAUUUUCAAUCUAUAUCCACCGUCAAAGAAACUGAGUCCGAUGCGAAGAAAUAUGCCCAGGCAGUACGAUAGUGGGUGGCCAAAUCAGAGUACUCUUCAUAGAAUGACUCAGCUGUAACAUAAUGUCAACCUCCUCUAGUCUUUCACGAAACUGGGCACCCCUCUUUGCCAAUUGAUUCAAGGCUUCAAUUAGAUGUGACAAAUGGGUCUGACUUGGGUUUGGGAUAUGACUCUAUUGUUGGAGAUGGGUUUGAUUUAGUUCCCUCUUCAAUGGCCUAUUCCUCUGUAAACUAUGAUUCAGACUUUAAUCCAAAUACACAGUUGAAGAAGAUGAGAACCUCUUGAUCAAAUUCCUCGAAAACAUGACAAGGUACCCGGUGCUUUUGAACAACUCAGGCUUUGCAACCUCAUGAUGAAAGACUAGAGAGGCUUGUUAAGAGUCUGCACAGCUCCUGAUAGCUGACAAUUGGUGAUCACCGCUAAAGGGUUUUGGCAAGCUUCUGCCAAGAUGGAGAGGUGGCUAGGGUGGCAUGCUAGCUUUUGUGGUCAAAUCACAGAUAUUAGAGGAUGCACGUGUUAUUUGCUGAAGAAGAGAAGGCUACCUUGAAGAUUAGAAGUGAUAAUGGAAGACACUUCUGACUUGCUGAAGCAGGGGAUGCAAUUGUUAUUUGCUGUCCAUAACAGGUCAGCUUGACAUUGAAUAUAUCAGCAGACUUAUAGUCAUUGUUUACAUGGAAUACAAAGCAGGUUUUCGUAUUUCUAGCUGCCGAGUAUGAAACCCCAAAGAAUUCCUUAAAUCAGAUUUCACUUUGGGAUGGCAUUAUAGCUUCUAAAGAGCAUGCAAAGUUUUGGACGCAUACCUCCAACAAGUAUCGUUUUAUUGAUCAGGGAAGCAACCUUCGUGGUAAAGUUUUUCACUUGACAUUGCAUUGGCAUGUCAUGCCCAAGACUGGCAAGGUGUUUGUGGACAAAAUAGUCAUGUCUGGAUACCGCUUGCCAAAGGAAUAUAGAUGAGGUUUCUUGUGGAGGAUUUAACCUAACUAUCCUCAAGGUAAAAAGAAAAUGCACUAGAAAGAAUCGAAGUUUUACAAU